GGCCAUAAAGCAAGUUGCACUAAAUAAAGGAAUGCCCAUAAAAAUAAAGAAUAAAGGGACACUGUUUUGACUUGGAUAGUACCCAAUUCAAAAACAAUCACAGCAAUAGCCAAGAAGAAUAAAUAUCAGUUACAAAGCCACAUACAAAUUAGAGCAAACCCAACAAGCUUUUUUCCCUCUUCCUCCUCCCUUCAGGCCUCUGCUCUGCCUCACCUUCCUCAAGCUUCUGAAUCUGCCUCUGCCAUUUUCAUGGAGGGCUUCAGAUCCAAGUCCUGCAGGGAUGGGAGGAUGCCGAUGGAGAGCUACUAUGGGGGCAGGCCGUCAAGCAUGCAGGAUCUGAGGUCUUACAGCACUUCUUAUGCUUCUUCUGCGCAGCCCACAGUGACCCAGAUGGGAAAAGAAUUGAAGAUCAAGAAAGUGAAGAGCAGUGUCAUUAAUGGGUCUUCUUCUUCUUCAUCUUCUUCUUCAUCUUCAAAGAGCUGGGGUUUCAAUGAUCCUGAGUUGCAGAGGAAGAAGAGGGUUGCUAGCUACAAGGUCUAUGCUGUGGAGGGGAAGAUGAAGGGUUCCUUGAGGAAGAGCUUCAGGUGGGUCAAGGACACUUAUACCCAGAUGGUUUAUGGAUGGUGGUGAUCAAAUCAAUGAUAAAAAAGUUAUAUAUAUAGUUGGGAAUUGUUUCUGUGUUUAUGUUUUCAAGUCUGAAAUUUGAGUGUGUGUGUGUGUGGGUGGGUGUCUGAGAAGUCUUGAAUUUCUCCAUUCAAUCAAAACCUAAUCUUGUUAUUUUCUCAUCAAUCAAAAUCAUGGACUGUCAUGUUCUUAAUUUUCU